UUCGCCCCCGCCCCUGACCGAAGUAGUAUAAAAGCACUGGCCGCCUCCUCCUCAUUGAGAUAAAACCGUCCCGGCGGCUCCGGUACCAGGGUCCAGCCUGUGACAGCUCGUCCAGGCCCGGACGCUGGAUCAACAUCUGUGACAUCACGUGUGCGCUCCCGCUACAUCUGUAGUCACAUCUACAGCCACCUUGGCCGAGGAAUCUACACUUAGGUUCGGAACCUAGGUGGCUACAAGUUCUCAAACCUCAUCUGUGACCCUCAACAUCCUAAAACCUGGGUCACACUUGUGCAACUUAAAUUCCCACCUGUUACCAACACCCAUAAACACUUAAAACACAUUUAUGAAACUUGGUCACACUAUCUGUGGCUACAACCUAAAACCAUAGAGACACCCUAGGGACUCUUCCCUUAUUUGUAAUACCCGACUGGUCCAGUGACAAGUCAUCACAGAGUAGUAGCACCUACUUUGAUUCUCCCAGACUGCCCGUGUAGAAGGAGCAAUGGCUGAACUGAGGGGGCCCCAGCGAGUGCUGUUUGGAGAUUGGCUAUUGGGUGAGGUCAGUAGCGGCCAGUAUGAGGGGCUGCGAUGGCUGAAUGAGGCUCACACAGUCUUCCGUGUACCCUGGAAGCAUUUCGGUCGUAGGGAUCUGGAUGAAGAAGAUGCACGGAUCUUUAAGGCUUGGGCUGUGGCCCGAGGGAGGUGGCCACCUAAUGGAGUUAACUUACCACCCCCAGAGGCUGAGGCUGCUGAGCGAAGAGGCUGGAAGACCAACUUCCGAUGUGCUCUCCGAAGCACAGGGCGCUUUAUCUUGCUUAAAGACAAUUCAAGGGACCCGGCUGAUCCACACAAGGUGUAUGAACUUAGCCUGGAGCUUGGAUCUGCUGUAGGCCCAGCCAUGGAAAAUAGGGAAGAAGUGACCCUCGGCAAUGCCCUACCCACACAGGGUGUGUCCAUAGGAUCAUUCCUGGCAAGAGGAAAUGCUGGGCUCCAAACCCCAAGCCCUCUGCUUUCUAGUGAUGCUGGAGACCUCUUGCUUCAGGUUCUGCAAUACAGCCACAUACUGGAGUCUGACUCGGGAGCAGACUCCAUGCCACCACAGGCACCUGGCCAGGAGCAAGAACACGUUUCUGACGAACCCUAUGCAGCAUGGCAGGUGGAAGCUGUCCCCAGCCCCAGGCUUCAACACCCAGCUCUGAACACCGAGCACAACCUUGGGUCCCUGGAUGUGACCAUCAUGUACAAAGGCCGCACAGUGCUACAGGCAAUAGUGAGGCACCCCAGAUGUGUGUUCCUGUAUAGCCCGAUGAGCUCAGCAGUAAGAACUUCAGAGCCCCAGCCGGUGAUUUUUCCCAGCCCAGCUGAGCUCCCGGAUCAGAAGCAGCUGCACUACACGGAGACUCUUCUACAGCAUGUGUCUCCAGGCCUGGAGCUGGAGCUUCGGGGACCAUCUCUGUGGGCCCUGCGUAUGGGCAAGUGCAAGGUGUACUGGGAGGUGGGCAGCCCUAUGGGCUCCACCAACCCCUCCACCCCAGCCCAGCUGCUGGAGCGCAACUGCCAUACCCCCAUCUUCGACUUCAGCACUUUCUUCCGAGAACUGGAGGAGUUCCGGGCUCGAAGGCGGCAAGGAUCACCACACUACACCAUCUACCUGGGUUUUGGGCAAGACUUGUCAGCAGGGAGGCCCAAGGAGAAGAGCCUGAUCCUGGUGAAGCUGGAGCCAUGGCUAUGCAAGGCCCACCUGGAAGUCGUGCAGCGUGAGGGCGCAUCUUCCCUGGAUAGCGGCAGUCUUGGCCUGUGCUUGUCUAGCACCAAUAGUCUCUACGAUGACAUUGAGCACUUCCUCAUGGACCUGGGUCAGUGGGCUUGAUUCAGAACCCCGGCUCCCAAUAAAUAGUUCAGAAUCAGC